GUCCUUCUUCUUCGAUCUCCCUUUCCUACUCUCCAACUCUCCUUCCCUCAUCGUUUGUUUUCUCACCGUUCUCGUAGGUUUCUUACUUUCUUUCUGUCCAGGGAUUCAUUCUGCAGGGUCGCCCCUUUAGCGGCUUCUUGAGCGUUUGUAGCAGCCACAUGGAUAUCCAUACCAUGGCCACCAAAAUCAAUCCCGCCACGGAAUUGGCGCCAGCGGAGAAUAAGAAGAAGGUGCUUGUUCCUGUGGCCAAUGGUACUGAGGAGAUGGAGGCUGUAAUUGUGAUCAAUGUGUUGCGGCGAGCUGGAGCGACGGUGACAGUAGCUUCCGUGGAGGAGGGGAUGCAGAUCGCGGCGUCACGGGGCGUGAAUAUAGUGGCGGAUUGUUUGAUUUCGGAGUGCGAGGAGCAGGAGUACGAUCUCGUGGCGCUGCCCGGGGGAAUGCCUGGUGCGGAGAGGUUGCGGGAUUCCAAGGCUUUGAAGAGCAUCGCGGAGAAGCAGGUGAAGGCAAAGCGGAUGAUUGCGGCAAUUUGUGCUGCUCCGGUUGUUGCUCUUCAGGCCUGGGGGCUUCUAAAAGGGCUCCAUGCCACUUGUCAUCCUAGCUUUACAGGGAAAUUGGAGGACAAGGCUGCGGUGGAGAGUAGAAUCGUGAGAGAUAGUAUACUGACCACCAGCCGUGCUCCUGGCACCGCGUUUGAGUUUGCACUGGCUCUCGUUGAGCAGCUAUACGGUCCUGAGAAUCUUCCCACGGUAUCCGGUCCAAUGGUGCUUCCACCUGAUGACGGCACUGAUGCUCGAGCAUUGAAAUUCAACGACCAGGAGUGGUCGACCUCGUCCACACCUCAGGUGUUGGUUCCGAUAGUCAAUGGAUCUGAAGAGACGGAGGUUGUAAUAAUUGUCGAUAUUUUGCGGAGAGCUGGUGCAAAAGUGGUGGUGGCUUCUGUGGAAUCUGAGGCAACAAUCAAAGCUGCUCGUAAUGUGCAGCUUGUAGCUGAUACUCUUAUUUCUGAAGUCGCUAAUACGAAGUUUGAUUUAGUAGUAUUGCCCGGUGGCAUGCCUGGUGCAGAUCGCCUUCAGAAAUCGAAAGAACUUAUGAGGAUUCUUCAAGAGCAGGCUGAAGAAGGACGAAUAUAUGGCGCAAUUUGUGCUGCACCGGCCGUGAUUCUCGAAUCCAGUGGUUUGCUGCAUGGUAAGAAGGCAACAUGCCACCCGACAUUUUCGAGUAAGUUGAAGGAUCAGACUGCUAUGGAAGGGCGGGUGGUAAUUGAUGGACCUGUGAUAACCAGCAGAGGUCCUGGAACUGCGAUGGAGUUCACUCUCAAUAUUGUAGAAAAGCUCUAUAGCCGCGUUAAGGCCCAGGAGAUAGCUGAAGCAAUGCUUUUCGACUAUCUUUAAACUCUACGAUUUUGGAUUGAGAAAGUGGAUGAUCAUGCUCUGAAUGAACAAUUUUGGUGAAAGCUAAUCACACUAGGUUGAAGAAAGUUGUGUUAGCGUUGCAGGCUACUGUGGCGAAUUAAGAUCAUCAGGCAUUUAAUUAUAUCCGAGAAGACCACCAACCCAGUGAAGUUCCCUGUUUGACUCUUUCUGUUGAAACUAGUUUUGAUUUUGUUCAAAGAAUCUUCAUUAUGUUUCGGUUUAUUCUGUUAAUCUGACUUUACUGUACAUUUUUUACUCUCAAGGUUAUAGAUUUGUAAAAUGUGUUCGAUUUGUAGAGAUACUGCCAGUAUAUGAGAGUAUUAGUUGUGCUCCUGAAGUGGGUAGUUUCCAAUUUAGUCGACAGGAAUUGGAGAAGUUUCAUCGGAAUUGAUCUGAUCGGAUUCAUUAUCUAUGUCAAGUUCUCCAAUGGCUGUAGCAAUUUUGUAUUUCCACCUUGAACUGUAGUUUUUGCAUGUCAUUACCACUGGGUUUUCUAUGAACUUUAUCCUUUUUUCAA